AUGCAUCUUUUACUCCGCUCUAGUAAACCCAAAAAUCUUCGUUAUUUGUUUGUAGCGCAUCAUAAUCAUAUAUUUACUGGAAAAUUAAAUGAUAAUUUGUCAUGGCGCAGUCAACAUACUGCAGCAGGAUCAUCUAAUGACAAUAAUCCUGAUGAUAAUAAAACUCGAAAAAAGUCGAGACCACUAACAGAGCAUGAAAAAUCGAUAAUUAGUUCAAUGAUUAGAGUCGACCAUGCUGGUGAGAUUGGCGCAGAUUGGAUUUACAGAGGACAGAUGGCGGUGUUGGGAAAAGAUAAAGUUGUGGGACCUGUGAUCCAGGAAAUGUGGGAUCAGGAAAAAUAUCACUUAUCCACAUUCGAUGAAAUUAUUUCACGGCAUAGAGUCAGACCAACUUUCUUACGUCCUAUUUGGGAAACGACUGGUUUUCUUUUAGGUGCAGGGACCGCAUUGCUAGGCAAAGAAGCUGCAAUGGCUUGUACUGAGGCUGUCGAAACGACCAUCGGAGAGCAUUAUAAUGACCAAUUGAGGGAAUUGAUAAAGUUUGAAAACAAUGAAGAAAUCACGGAAUUGACUCAGGUAAUCAAAAAAUUUCGCGACGAUGAAUUACAUCAUCUUGAUACCGCAGUUGAUCAUGACGCUCAAAAGGCCCCAUUUCAUGGCCCACUGACUGCUAUAAUCAAUAAUGGAUGCAAAGCAGCAAUAUGGAUAGCUACUCGAAUUUAA